AUGUCCAACCCGAUCAUGUGCGAAGAUCUGAGGUGCCCCAUGGGUCCAUUCUCAACCAGUUCUAUUGCCCGACACCACCGGUACCGGUACCACUCCGUACCUGUCCCGUUUACCAUUGCAGGGUGUAAGCACAUCGUCGGUCUGACCGAUGAGGGGCAUUAUACCUGCCCAUUCCAACAAUGUAUCGGAAGAUCAUUCAAAAAGCGCGAGGCCAUGCAGCUUCACGUCAGCGUGGACCACUAUGACUCCAAAAAGCUCAAAAUUUUUGGAACUCCCGUCAUAGCCUCGCCGAUGGAUGGAGGCAGCGACGCCAUACCACAACAUACGUCUUCCGUCCAGCGAAGGUUUAUCGCUGAAUAUGCCGCGAUAACUUCGCCCGGCGUGUUGAUCCCAGCGAUCCAUUCCCCUCCGGCGGUUGUCCAUUCAAUUCCUUUGUUUGGCGUGGACACUACAAAAGUAUCGCUGUUGCCCUCAGUAGACUACUUGAUGUCCAACGAGGUUCUCGAUGCGCUCGGUGUCUGCCUGCAUAGUGGUCUUAAGAUUCUGCUGUGCUUGACAUGCCGUGUGGCACUAACAUCCGGUAUGUUGGUCGGCCACAGGAAGAAAUUCCACUGCUUUUAUCGGGCACCUACUGCAGCUCUGCAGGCCUUGUUGGAAUUUUGCUCAGAGUCCGACGUGUAUGAGAAACCCGAGCAUGUCAAGCUACCGACCGCGGGAGGACCGCCUGUCCAGCUCAUUUCGGACCCUAGCGAUGGUCUAGCGUGCACAGCGUCGCUUGACUGCACGUAUGCUGUCAAGGACCUGCAGACAAUGCAGCGGCACGGCAGAGAGAAGCACAGCACCAGAAGGCUUGAGAAAAUAUAUCAUAGACCUUGCCAGGUCCAACAAAUUUUUACUGGGGUGGGGAACUCGUAUUUUGAGAUCAGACAGAACAUCGUUCCAGGUUCUCGACCCGACGUCAAAAUGAUCAUUCAGACCCAGUUCCUACCUACCCUGGACAUCGCUUUGGUCGUCCCAGCGGACACAGAACGAGAGAGGACCCCGCUGAUGCGCUUUAUGGGUUGGGAUAAGUUUCUGCUGAAUGUCAGGAUGAAUCCAGUCCAGAGACGGGCAGCGGACGACAUAAAGAAGAAGCAUACCGUAGAGGAACACGGCGGUCUGAUCACCAGACUAGCUGCUACCGUCCGAGAGCACAUGGAGAAGGCAUCGACCAUCUUGGACGGUCACCCUCACAGGUUCAGCCUGUCAAAACUCCUGUUGUAUGGUAGAGACAUACCGCGAGAUAUCGACUGUCAUUGGAGGCCCGUGUCUGACGCAAACGUGGAAUAUCCCAACUUCAUGGUGCAAAUGAUGCGAGCUAUCGUGCGCAUUCACCUCGGGUCCCCACUGGAAUUCUCAUUUGCUCUGUCUGCCGUGCAGAACGAACGUCUCGAAACAUUUCUGACCGAUCUGCACAAUGACGCCUCCUCGGCCCGCAAGAGGCUGAUCUCCUACCACAAUCUUGCAUGGUCGCUGAUUGAUACAGACCCAGACUUGUGCGUGGUAGAUCGAUGGGCCAACCCUAUCAAGCGAGCUGUAUGGCUUAGGGCGCUGCGUGCGGAUGGAAACUUCUGCGAAGCAUCCACCCUCACCCCAGACCUUGCGAAGUUCAAAUAUUUUUGCAACACGACCGCUCUACUGGAAGCGCUGAUGGAUAAAGAUCAGGAUGUAGACGCAGUUCAUUUCGACGACCACAACCGCGUCACAAACGUCCACGAGCGGGUGCUGCGACUCGGUCGUCCUAACACGUUCAACAUGAUAUAUGAAAUGCAGCAGUACGCAUCGUCCGUGGUAUUCAAUCAAACGAAAGAGCCCAACGUCUACGUCGAUCCGGACGUCAAGUCCAUCACAAUCGGGACCCAGACCAUGCAUAUGGACAAGCUUCGAGGUGGCAUCCAAACGAUGAUAGUGGACUUCAAAAAGCGGUACGCUCAAUUCACAAACAAGGAGAUUCUGUCAGAGGGGAUGCCAGAUGAGGUCAAGGACGACCUGACCAACACGACCCGCGGUUAUUCGCUCAUGUCAGAGGAGCCGUUUUAUAAAAAGCGGCAUGAUAUGUUCUACUAUUUGAUAGAUAACUACAAGCUUGCGAUGGUCGACAACGCAGGCCGUGUUUCAUGGAACAUCCCCGAGGUAAUGGAGCUUCUCAGACGGUCGUUGCUGGUCUGGGAGCCUCUUUACCAUCUGCUUUUCAUCACCACACACAUUUCCGCUCGCGGCACGCAGUUCGUCGACCACAAGAUUAGCAACGCAGACAGGCAUAGAAACAUGUUCAUGCAGAUGGAUGAGAUGUUUCUAAUGACAACGUACAGUAAAAAGACCGGCAUCACCGAUCGAGACUCAUGUACCCCUGGGUUCGUGCCCAGAGAGGUCGCCUUCUACGUCCUCCAAAUGCUGGGAGGGGGCUUUCGCACCGCCGAAGCUAUCCUCGCAAGGAUUGCGUACGGUGCGGAUGCAGAGCAUCUUUAUAGAACCUACCUCUGCGUCGGCGAGGGUGAGAGGAUAUCUCCGACGAUGUUUUCUGCCAAUCUGCAGGAUUGGAACAGUCGCUACUUUGACUGCAGAUGGGGAGUGAGAGAUUUUCGUCAGGGCGCCAUUACCAUCGGUCGCGAAUUCAUCGCUCCCGACGAUUCAUACGAUCAGGCAGACAGCAUACUCGCCGAGUCUGCCGAUCACUCCACCGGAAUGGAUCACAGUCACUACGCAAUCAUCCAAGGAGUCGUCCCUCGACUGUCCAACAACUCCAUGUGUAAGCAUAGAUGGCUGGGAGACCAGUGGCACAGCGUCCUCGGUCUGGGUCCACUUCCUCCUCCGCAGGCAAUUCGAACCAACCGUAAGAAUAUGGCGAAUGGGACGACCCUUCAGUCCCUCUCCGACCUGGUGAAGAAAACCACUCUUGACACUCUCAAUAGCUUUUUUACCGGCCAGUACGCGGAUAUGUUGAAGGACGCGGUCUCCACAGCCUUCAUCCAAGGGCACCAAUAUGAACAGGCACGUGGAGAAAUGCCUGUUCUAGCCAGCAGUUACUACAGGCCGCAGUCCAUAAAUCUUCCUGACAAUCUGGAUGAGUUGUUUCACAACCCUAGCGACGGCGUCCUUCUCGCCAGUGGGUCUCCGAGCCAAAGCUGGUACUUUCCAGAUGGCAUGUCGUCCCCCGAUGUGGAAGUAUCACCGACCGCAACCUCCUCGUCUAUCGAAAAAAUCUCGCAUUUUGACCACAUGGGCGGUGUGCUGCAAAUCUCCGACGUCGUUCCUACCAGCGAUCCGCGUGACUUAUUUACCCCACCAGAUCGCAAGGGAAAGGGUAGAGCCUACGAGCCCGGACAACUUCGAGCUUCCGAUGCCAAAUUCACUACUCCUCCCCACAAAACGAGGGAUGAUAGCGUUGUCCAGAACCCGUCCUCCAGCAUAUCUCCCAUCGCAGUCCUCCGCGUGGAGAGGAGGAGGGCUAAUCAGUCCAGCACGGUCUCUUGUCUCAAGGAAAAGGGCAAGGCCUACGAGCACGGCCAACUUCGACCACAUACACCCUCAACGAUGUCUUCAAAACGUCAGGAUGUCGUGGACAGCAUGUCCCAACACGUUUCUUCAACCACAUCCAAAUCCACUUCAGCUCCAGUUGCACGCGCGAGAUAUCUCAAGCAUGUACGGGGUCAUGUGAGCGAGACAGAAGACGAAGAAGAAACGUCCAGGAGUCUGAAACGUCUUCGUAGGCAUGGCAUUAUGGGAAGGUCUCCGGUGGAUGUCAUAAGCCUAUCGAGCGAUGACGAACUCUCAGGCCUCGACGAGAAUUUGCCACUGAAACGUCUGACUCGGCGCCGUACCUCUAGGCAACAGGAUUCGAUGGAUGACAUGUGGCUCUCGAGCGAAAAUGACGAGAACCAGCCCAUAAAAAGUCUUUUUAGCUCCAAGACCACUGGAAAGAAGGUGCUCGUGGACAUGUCCAGGCCGUCGAGCGAUGACAGCAUGUCCGAUUUCAUUGUCCACGACAGCAGUCAACCGUCGUCUCCUCCAAGUGCCGUUCGCAAAAUCAGGGAUGAGAUUCGACGGGCGAUACAAAUAAUCACCAAGGAUCCCUCCGCGAGGGAAAAGAGCGAUGCGCAGAUGGAUGCGCUGAUCUCCAUUCUGACUGAAGACACUGACAUCGUCUUGAUCAUGAAGACAGGAGGCGGAAAAAGCAUGGCGUGGAUCGUGCCCUCAGUGUUGGACGACAGCGCCAAAUCUAUCGUUGUCUGCCCGUUCGUCGCCUUGCUUGAUCAACAGUACAAGAAUAGUGUCGCGGCUGGACUGCGUUGCCACAAUUACUGCACGUCGAAGAACGUGCCGGACAACGUCCAGAUUCUUUUCGUUCAGGUCGAACAUUGCUCCGGCCAGGCGUUUUCUAGCUUCCUUGUGUCGCCGUUGGGGAAGAAGUUCGGCAGGCUCUUUGUGGACGAGUUUCACGACAUUCUGAACUGUCAUCCAGGUCGCAUUGAGCGAUGGAAAGCUCUGGCGCGUCAAUUCAGCGCUAUGUGCAUCAAAAUCUUGCUUCUGACAGCGACUGGACCACCAGCCCGUAUCUCAAGCCUCAUCAAACCGUUCGGCCUGAAGCGCAAGCAAAUAAUGGAGGUUCGGUCAUCCACAAACCGUCCGGAGAUUGGAAUGCAUGUCGUGAACCUCCAGCCCAUCGCUGCCAGGCAGUCCCUCAUUCUCCUCGUCUCUGCUCUGUCCAAACGUCUGACUGAGGAGGAACGCAUGCUCGUGUUCUGCAGCACGCAGAGUGACGUAGAAGGAAUCGCGCAGCAGGCCAAAUGCGCCUCAUAUCACAGCAACCUCUGGGGUGCUGGGAAUACCAAGGCUUAUAACCUUCAUCGGUGGGACGAGGGCGAAUCAAAGGUGAUGGUGUGUACCACAGCCUUUGCACAGGGUAUGGACAGGCCAAGCGUUCGAUAUGUGGUGAUAUUCAAGCCGUCGUUUGGGCUGAUAGUCAACAACCAGAUGCUGGGUCGCGCAGGCCGGGACGGGAGAGAGUCGCACGUAUUCUUCCUUACUGACGAUGGUGGUCCUUCAUUUAGGGGCCCCUCGACAGACCAAUGCGUUGGGGAGUUGAAUGAGCUGGUUCACGGAAGCAGCUGCAGGCGCUUCAUCAACAUGCAGUGCAUGGAUGGCGAUACCCUCGCCAUGAAAUGCACCGACGACCCCACAUUCGUUCUCUGCGACGUCUGCGAUCCAGAUAGCGCCAUGCAGCAAUUUGCAAUGAAAAUCAUCCAGGACCCUUUCAGGUCGAUGGAUGAUCCCGCACAAGCACCCGCGCCAGUCCUCACCAGUGCCUCCGUACUUCAAAUACCUGUCGACGCUCCCAAAUUUAUUCCAGCAGCCUGUCAUCCAGCGGUCGCCGCCUGUUUGCCAUUGGCCGCAUCCCCUGCAGCAGAAAUUAGUGCCCCUGAACCCUCCCAGCCGCUCACUCAGUCCAGCGAUUCUUUGUUCGAUCAGUGCGGACCAGGGCCCACAGAAUUUGAAACGAUGAUGUUGAAUGCAAUGGAGGUAAUCCACGGACCGGGCACUGUAUCAGACAGUGGUUUAUACACGGCUCAAUCGCAACCAUCGGCGGGCAGCUCCGCAUGGGUGACACUGCCGCCUCCGUCAUCACUUCCCACCACGUUUGUGGGAAGAGCGGGUCGUGUUAACGAAGCCCUUCGCAGUCGUUUGGAACGCACCUCCCGCCUGGACAGGUACAUGCGUGUCUUGAGAGGCAAGUGCCCAGCACACUUUGGUAGAUAUGGAAAGAUCCUCGCGGACGCAUACCACAGCUGCGAUGCAGAGGCUGGAAUUCCGACCCACCUCUUCAGGGCAUUCAGACCCAACUUCUCCUUCGAACGCUUUACCUAUUGUUUUCAGUGCGGCUUGCCACAAAAUCGAAACGGAAACGCAGAGGAACCAGCAUGUCACGUUGGCUUUUCAUACAAGAAGGGGGAGAAGUGUCGCUUCGCUGGCUUCAUCUUCAGCGCGGUAUUCCACACGUGGCAUACAGAUGGCUUCCGCAAUCUGAUGGUCAAGGCGCUCGGCGCAGGAGUAUCACUCAAGAGCUACGAUGAAUUCCUGAUUUGGAUAGUCCAGGAGACCCCAGAUGAAGGGAAGUACAACAACCUCUUGGAGGUGUUUCUUUGGUUUUGCGGCGAGGUAGAGAGAGUCACGCCAAAAGCGUUUGAUUGA